UUUUUGACUGUAUGUAAUAAGCUGUGCAAAAUACUGAGGUGCAAGAAGAUUGUUUACUUUUUUGCCAAUGUCAUUGUUUGUUUGAAGAGUAUAUAGUUCGAGGUAUUAAAAUAACGUAAUUAAAUGUGUGCUUUCUACUGAAUAAAGAUUUGCACGGGUCACCAUGGGUGUUUUGAUUAAAAUAUGUAUAAUCACAGUUUUGGGCGCUGUCGCUGUGAAUUACGUUUUGAAUCUACUGACAGCAGUUCCGCCAUUGCCGAAACUUGAGGCCAAGUGGUGGGGUCCAGGACAACCUCAAAAAGUAGACCAGUCAGUGAGGCCCUUCAAGAUCAACAUUUCCCAAGAGUUGCUGGAUGACUUGAACGACCGGCUGGAACUCCUACCUGACUUGGCCCCUCCUCUGGAAGGGGUCGGGUUCGAGUACGGCUUCAACUCGGAGUACCUGCAGGAGGUGGUGCGGCACUGGCACGACAAGUACAACUGGCGGGAGAGGGAGGCACUCCUCAACAGCCUCCCGCAGUUCAAGACGUACGUGGACGGCCUGGACCUGCAUUUCAUCCACGCGAAGCCCAAGAGCGUGCCGACCGGCACCCGGGUGCUGCCGCUGCUGCUGCUGCACGGCUGGCCCGGCUCCGUCAGGGAGUUCUACGGGCUCAUCCCUCUGCUGACCACCCCUCGCACGGGGGUGGACUUCGUGUUUGAGGUUGUGGCACCUUCCCUGCCGGGCUACGGCUUCUCCGAUGCCGCGUCCAAGCCGGGCCUGGGAGCGUCCCAGGUGGCGGUCGUCAUGAAAAACCUCAUGAAGAAACUCAGCUUUGAUAAGUUCUAUGUUCAAGGAGGUGAUUGGGGGAGCAUAAUUGCCACCAUUAUGGCUAAUCUUUUCAAAGAUGAUGUGUUGGGAAUACAUUUAAACAUGUGUUUCUCCGGAGCUCCAAUCAGCAACUUGAAGUGGUUUCUUGGCAGCUUAUGGCCCACGCUUGUUGUGAAGGAGGAACACGUCAAGCGAAUGUAUCCUGUUGGUUCUAUACUGGCAAACUUGAUCAAAGAAAUGGGUUACAUGCAUCUCCAGGCAACUAAGCCAGACACUGCAGGAACCAGCCUCACUGACUCUCCAGCCGGCCUCGCCGCCUACAUCCUGGAGAAGUUCUCAACGUGGACCAACCCGGCAUGGCAGUCGCGGCGGGACGGGGGUCUCACCGUCAAGUACCAGCUGGACGACCUGCUGGACAACAUCAUGAUCUACUGGGUCACCGGCUCCAUCACCACCUCCAUGAGGCUGUACAGCGAGUCUUUCAACAAGGCGCACUACUCUCUAGGCUUCGAGAGAAUACCGGUGGAGGUUCCGACCGCAUGUGCCCUGUUCCCCAAUGAGCUAGCCUAUCAGUCCGAGUUCAUCCUGAAAGACAAGUACAAGAAUCUGGUCCAGGUGAGUGACAUGCCUAGAGGCGGUCACUUUGCAGCAUUCGAAGAGCCGCUCCUUUUGGCGAACGACGUUUGGUCGGCUGUCAAAAUCAUGCUGCAGAAGAAUAAGUGAAUCGUCAGUCGCAAUGAAUGAAAACUUUUUUUAUUGUCUAAGUGGCUGAAUGUAAAAAUCUUCUGUAGUUAAAAUGCUUAUAUUAUUUUGUGUGAUGUUAUGUAAAGGCUAUUAGGUACAACUAUCUGUGUCAUUUUAAAUUUUCGAAUUUUGAUUAGUGUCGGUUGUGAUGGAAUAUUUUUAACAUUAGAGGAGUUUGAAAUAGUCUUUCAUCUAAGGCGGUAUGUGCUUUGCUGCCGCAUACAUUUAAUUUUGAUACACCAACAUGCACACAGAUAUACCCCAUCAAGAUACAAACCUACAAUUUCUUGAGUUUGGUACAUACAUUUAACAUUUUUAUAGUGAAACCUCGCUUAUAACGAAAACUGAUUAUCAGGAAAUACAAACUCAAGUAAUGGUUAUAUUUAAUAACCAAAUAAUGGAUGUAAAUUUUUUUUUUGUCAUACAGCUUAACUUUUUUUUUUUUAAUUUUGCUGCAACCUUUGUUAAGUCUGACAUUCCAUAAAAAGUGUGUAUCACGUGGAUUUUUAUUUGUAUUACAUGUAGUAACCCGCAUUGAUAGAAAUAAGAUUUUAUGGUUUAAAACUAAAUUAACACUGAAGUGUGUGAAUACAGCAUACAACACCAAAAUGUAAGUUAGUUCACUAUCCAUCACCGAAGUACCAGUUAAUUCGUAAAAUUAAAUAGAAUUUAGCCAAGAUAACUCAAAUCAAUAAAAUUUAAUUCUUAAAUAUUUAAGAUAUAACUGAUGUUAUUAUUUAAUGUUCUUAACAAAAUAUUAAGACCAUGAGGAUCAUAAAAUUAAUUAUGUUCACUAAUUGAUAAUACCUUUCUUAAUUUUUUUUUUACUUACGGUUUCCGAUACAUACUUUAAAUUAAAAAAGGUUUUUGUGGAUUAUUUUGUUCCAAGUAAAAUAUGGUUUUUACCACAAUCAAAAUGUCACUACUUUAUUGAAAACAGUAGUAUGUAAAUAAAAUUUUGUAUUUUAAAAUGGCACCAUCUUCAUAAAAUAAAUAUAAUUUUUGAACAUUGAACUAGUAACACCAAAACCUUCCAUUCUAAAAUGAAAUGGAGCUAUAAAUAAAACCAUUAAAUCUUGUGUCUACACAUUGCGAAACAGAAGACCUGUAUAAUCAUAUGAAGCUUGAUUUACAAAGACCACCGCCAGCUCGGCAUCCCAGAGUGAUAUCGAGCAGGGAGAUAGGUUACUGGAGGUCCUGCGGGUUGGUGCUCUGCGGUGUUGCUUCUGGGCAGGCUGGACUCGACGUGACCUGGACAGACACGGGUUCGAUCGUUCAGGGUGCACACGUGACCUUCAGGACUGUCUCUUCACACACACACAUAUAUUUAUUUUUUUUUUUUUUUUUUUUUUUUCCCUCCACCUGUAGUUUGCAUGUUGGGAAAGGGGUAGACAGCUUACUGGUAGCAAAAAGUUUAGCUUACCCGUAUUUACACAAAAUAUGUGUUAACUCCCUUAACUCAUCUUUACUGGACUCUUUUUAAUUGCAGUAGUUCUGACUUUCUUAUAAGACUUCUUAGUCAUCUAAAUACUGUGUUUUAUCACAUAUUUUAUACUAAAAUCAAGUUUGAAAAGUAGUGAAAAAAAACAAGCACUCUUUGUUAGGUAAAGUUAUUCAUAAAACAAAACUUAUUAAUGGAAAGUACAUUUAUUUAAAAAGUAGGAGUAUACAAAAACAAACCAAAAAAUUCAAAUAUGCAACAAAAACAUUUUGUUCAACUUUAAAUAGAAUAACAUAAACUGUGACCCAAACAUGAGCCGAAACUCGCAUAACUAUCAUUGUAGUACACACCACGAAAGAGUCCGGCCAUUAAAUCUAGUUAACUCAGCUCUAGACAGAGUACGCACUUUGCAUGCAAUCGGCGAGCUAUCAAUGUUGAUAUUUGACUACGUGUACAUGCUCUAUAUGAAUCAACAUAACCAAACAUGAAUGAUGCCGACUAGCGCUGGCUAUAUUUAUAUAAACGGUACACAGCGGCGACGAAGACGAACGGAUAAAAGUUAUAACAUUUUAAAAUGUCUUUAAAAGAAAUUUUACACAUCAUACAGUUUCAUUUUCUGUUAAUUAAAUAAAUAAGCCAUAAUAUCCUAAUGAAUAUUAGGUUUCAACUUUGAAAUACAUAAUUUUAUACGUGAAAACUACCUACACACAGCGCUCGGAAUCUAACAGCGGGACCAACAACAUCAUGCAACAUUUAUGCAUGAAUUAUUUUUCUCCAAAUUUUGAUGCCUUAAAAUAACGAUGCGACAAUUAUGCGAUAAAACACAGUAAUACAGUAACCCAUGCAUAUACGAUUAAAAAAUAUUUAUAUAAAGCCAUACGACAGUUGUAAAACUUAGUGAUCUUUGACUUAUCCUUGUCCAACACAUGUAGUACCAACCAAGACUCCAGAGGCAAGAUAGUAGGUAAAAAUCUUCUUAACUUACUAUGUAUUCUGUGGAUGUAAGUAAUCAUGGUAAAGUUAAAUAAGCACUUUGUUUCCCUAAAUAAGCAUGUACAUAGAGUAAUUUUUGUUUCAGGAAAACCUAUCAUUGAGGUAUUAAAAAUAUUCAUAAUAGUACAGACAUUAAAUGAGACUUUUUUUAUAUACAUAUUUGUACCUUCUAUACUACACCAAUUGUGCAAUAAAACUGACUGAAUUUUGUAAAACUGUCAUACUUUUUGGCAGCUUGUAAACUCCUGUACUCUGCUCUUAGAUUUUUUUAUUUUAUUUUUUUUAUUUAGCAAAAUUUACUGCAAUUGUAGUUUACAACAGUUCAAUUUUAGUUAUCUUUUCUCGGGAUGACUUCAAAAAUUGUUUAUACUGGUUUUUGUUCAGCUUUUAGUUUACAGUUUUUGUUUUGUUUCUGUAAUUAUACCUAUAUUUUGGUUUUAACCUGAAAAUGUUUUUUAUAUUUAGUAUUUUAUACAUAUUCAGUGAUCAUGCAUACUAUUUCUUCAUGAUAUUGCAAGUUUGAAUUAUUGUAAGUGACCUAUGCAAUAUUAUCAUUUCUGAAUACGAAUAAUUUAUUAGUCACAUUCAAUGCAGUGUCAAAUACUAACAAUUUGAAGUAAUGAAUAUUCACAUGGUUACAAAUAUUUGACAUAGCAUACUUUGUGAGCUUGUCAUUUACUAACGUUCAAUGUUGUCAAGUCAUUUGUGCAAUACAAAUACCCAGUUCAAAUCUUUUAAUGGUACCGCAUAAUCAAAAACAUAAACUACACACUGUUUUAAACAUGUAACAAGUAUGUAUUCAAAGUUAUUUCACUUUUGUCCCAUAAAACAGUAGUGGACAAAUUAAUAAUGGACUUUUUGCGACAUUAUCAACUUGAAAACCAACAAUCAUUUGGUCAUACGUAGUCACGUAACAGUAGUGAUAAAUAAGUAAACAUUAACAACCAUGGAUUACAAUACAAAGCAUGGACACUCCUUUGUGAUUGCCAUUAAAAGAUUUUAACGUGAUAGUGGCAAAGGCAUAUAAAUCAAAAGUCACAAACAGUGUACCACCAUGCGACAUAGAAGCAGCUAGCUUGCUUGCUGUAUGUCUGUAACGAAACAGGCGUUAUGACUCUAAAACAAAAUAAAAAAACGUAGAUAAUGGCUCCAGAUUCCAGAGGUAAUAUUGCUAAACUAAAAUAGUGUACCUGGCUGCCAUUAACAAGAACAUGUGAAUUGACUAGUAGAUAUGAGUUCAUUUAAUCACUAUUCCACGAUUACAGAAUUUUUUUAAUGCACUUUUUUUUUGUAAAAUGGAUUGUAUUUUGCCAUUCAUGAAAAUUUCUGCAUCAGUAUGUAGAGUAGUUUGAUCUGAGAAAUAAGGUAAAUAAAAACUAAGUGAAAGGUUAGUUAGGUAAGCUGUAUAAAACAAAUUUAUUUUUCUUUAAAUAUUUUAUAUUUUUUAUGUACAGACAUUAUUGUAGCUGAGUUAACCUAAUUAAUCUUUUAUUUUGUGUUUUUUUGGUCUAAUUUCCCACUACAUAUUUACCUUUUUGUUACAUGUGAAAAAAAAAAUUGUGGGAUUCCAACUUCCUUCUUACUAUUCGUUUUCAAGAAUAAUUUGCAUAGGCCUAAAUGUAAGACUUUAACUCUUUCUGCUUGUUUAUGUUAUGUAUUAUUAUGUUAUUGUAUCCAAUCAUUUUCUAUAUUUUUGUAUAUUUAUACACAAUAACUUUUAUUUUUCAGUAAUUUCUGUGGUGUUAUUGUCUGGUGAAGUCAAAUGCUGUCUGCAUUUUCAUCUUUUGGUAUUUGUGUCACUGUUGUAAAUAAACGGACAUAAAAUAUAUUAUAUUUAUUUUACCCUUAACUUAAAUUAAGUGCUAUUCUAUGGCUUUUUUUUUGUCUUAACAGGUUUUGUAUCCUAUAAUACUAACAUGAGAUAUUUUGAGGGACAUCAAGUACCAAAAGACAGCACUACAAAAUAUUUUUAAUGAAUAGUUUUCAUUUUGAUUUUCUUUGUUUUAUGAAAAUUAAACAUAGUUAACAUCACGUUUAUGUCAUAAAAUAGGAGUCUUGAAGACAUUUGGAAGAAUAUAAAAGGAAAGUUUUGUUUCAA